GAGUGUAAUGAAAUCGCAAGCCAGCCACCGCAAGCGACGCAAGGCCAGCGAGGCAAGCCAGCGAAGGGGCGAGUCGAAGAGAACGCAGGGCGGGCGUGUUUUGUGAGAGGGUGUGAUCGAAAAGAGAAGCCAAGCGACUGAAGCAGCGUCGGAGUUGUCGCGGCGUUGUCCUCUGUGCGCCUUCCUUCGGCGUCUUCCCCCGCCAACGUGCUCGGAGCUCCGGCGAGCGCUGGCUACUUUGCUCGCGUUCGUCGCUCAUUCCACACUGCUGAGAUGAGUGAUUCGCAGCCGUUGGCCGCCUGCAUUGAAGAAUGGGACCAGCUCGAGAAGGAAUACUGCGACUUGGAGAAGUCGUACCGUAAGUACACUGUGCUGACCGGAGAGAUGCAGCGGGCCCAGGAAGAGUGCCUCAAGGCCGUGCGGCACCACCGCUACCGGUCAUCGCAGAUACUCGAGUCACUGAACAAGAUUGAGCCAGCCAGCGACGAUGAGAAGGCGCAGAAGGCACAGCUGCUGCAAAAGCUGGAAGCCAAGCGGUUGCACCUAGACGACAUGGGACAGGACCUACCACAUCCCAAUGGCAUUUACUUGCAGAUUGUGCUUGGAAGUGUCAACCUUUUUCUCAGGGAUGCAGACAAGUAUCGGUACAAGGACGAGUAUGAGAGGUUCAAGCUGAAAGUCACCAUGUGCAUUCUGGUCAUGUCCAUCUUGUGCAUAACAAUGAAUUACAGGGCCAAUGACGCUAUCCUGCACUUUCUUCUGGUCUGGUAUUACUGCACGCUCACAAUACGGGAAAGCAUUCUGGCAGUGAAUGGCUCAAAAAUAAAAGGAUGGUGGAGGCUACAUCACUUCAUAACAACUGCGCAAGCUGGGAUCAUUAUUGUCUGGCCAGAUGGCAUCAUAUAUGGAAUGUUCCGAAGGCAGUUCACAUGGUACGUCUGUUUCAUAAGUAUAAUCCAGUUUUGGCAGUUCUACUACCAACAAGGAUGCCUGUACAGGCUUCGAGCCCUGGGUGAAAGCCAUAAUAUGGACAUUACAAUCAAUGGAUUUCGGUCUUGGAUGUGGCGUGGACUCUCCUUCCUGCUUCCAUUCCUGUAUUUUGCCUACAUGUUCCAGCUGUACAAUGCAUAUACAUUGUAUCAUCUCAGCCUUCGCCCCGAGUGUACAGAGUGGCAGGUGUUUGUGUCGGCGGUAAUCUUCUUCAUCCUCUUUAUGGGCAACAUCUCAACCACAUCGCUUGUCAUCUUCCACAAGAUCAGUGGCCGUGCAAUCAUCCGCAGGAUACAAAAGAAAAAGAGCCACGACCACGUGGAGUAGGAUCAAGUUCACCCAAGCCAUGUUGUUUGCCGCAAAUGUCACUCGCCUGUGCUGACCUCUUGGGACAGUGGCUGCUGACGCACGCUGACAUCGUGCCUGUGCACAUAGGCGGCGAAAGAAAUGUAACCGGCCUAGUCAGACUGCCCUGGACAAAGGCAGCCCUAGGAUUUGUACUUUACGGUGUUCUUGCAUUUGUUCUGUUCUCUGGCAGGGCAGUGCAUAACAUGUCGCGUAGUGCUCUUACAAGUUAUUUUAGCUUAUUUUUUUCUUUCCUUGUGACUCUUGGUCUGUGGCAUGAUCUCCACUUGGACAUCUGUUUUAAGAGUGCGUGUUGUCGUGACGUGUUGUGUGCCUGGGAAGCCAUCUUAGGAUCACUUGUCCCUUUGUUAUUGUUCACCUCACUUUUAACUGUCUCUUUCGGAAGUGGUUGCUAUUGGUUGAAUGCAGAAUCCGGUGUAUUUCUGGUGUCCCUGACUAUUACAGGCAAGGUUAUUUACUCUUUCACAUUUGAGAAUGUUUCUCUUUAGCUGUGUUGAAUCACACAAAUUGAGAGAAAUGCGCUCUGCUCAAUCCUGGUGUGUGGUACAAAAAGGCAAUAUACUUUUGCGUCAAUGUGUUCUUUGUCAUUUCAUGUGUUGUCUGCGGCUGUUACUAUGGCUCCAAGCUUGCAUGAAGUGAAAAGCCGAGUGGCCCUAAACGUGCAUGCUGUUUGUAAGGGAGGCUUUCAUUGUGCAUUUUAAUGGUAGAGGCUAACUGUCUGUUACUGCACUCGGAUUUACUUGGUUGAUGUUACACAGUGAAGCCACAAAAGCAAUGCCUUCUCAGUCUCUCUCUAGCCACAAAGUGCUGAUCACCCUACUUGCCAGGUGAGACCGCAAGUAACUCUUCUGAAUAAGCUUCGCUUGGCACCAUGGGGUUGUUAAGGUUGUCAAAAACGAGGCUUAAUUGUAGAGGUUUCAAGUUAUGUUCAAGUGGAGGCAAGAUGAGUGCCACUACUACACCUGCUGCACACUCAUUGUUCAAGAUAAAAACAAGCACAACGUGCCCAAGUACUGAACAAUCAUCCAGGUCACGAGCCUCGUCAUCUGAUAGAUCGCAUGCCCUCUCAAUCAAGGGUGGUAGACUGUGUGUGCAUUGCUAAAAUGUUGUUAGGCUUAACCAACUAUGCUGCUGCGCACUGCGUGGGUCAGCUGCAGGCACGACACAUGUUGCAGACGUUCAAGCUCAAUAGUAUCUACAACAGCUGUGCUGGCAAAGGCUCCCACAUCGAGGGCCUUUUCACACAAUGACUGGAUGUUUAAUUGGCCCUCUGAAAGGGGCCAUGAAAAGUGACAAGGUCAGCUCUCCAAGUUACAUUUUCUUGAAUGUUAGCCUGACGAGGGUGGGGAAACUGAGAGAAAUUCAAUGCCAUGGUUCACCGCUGACACAUCUACAGUUGGCAUAUGACUAACCACAUAAAGGGGCUGCCAGAAGAUAAGACUUACAUUCACCAGUUCCUGCGAUACACUAUAUAGUGCAGUAACGGAGAAGUGCUCUCUUCAGAGCUUGUUGAGGUGAUGCCGUGAUGCCUUAAGUUUGUAACACAGACGUGGAAAAGCUAUAUUUUGGAAUGAAAUGUGUGGUUCGGUGAUGUCAUCUGAAAGAUGGCUAUCUUGUCCAUUUUCCUUAUACUUAAAAAAAAAAAAGCAUAAAUCAAUUUAUUGAGGCCAAAGCACUCAGUGUGAAGUCCCAACGUUGUCUGCCUUUAUACUGCACAAAUUCCUCACGUUUUUGCUCGUACUUCCUCUCGCAACUUCCAUGUAAGGCGCUGACAUUUUUUGUCUAUGCAAGGCCAAUUUGUUGAACCUUUCGUCUAAAUAUGCGAGCAAGCCUCCUGCACUAUUUUUCUUCGUCUUCCUGUUGUUGCCUUUGAAUUAUUUCUCCCGUCAUUGGUUUACAUUGUUCGCACAAGCAUUAACUUGGGGGUUGUUCAGACAUUUGAGAUAUCGAUCUCGACUUGAUUGAAGAGUGUCGGACUUAGACGCACAAAUGCUUGUCUUAAGGCAAAUGUUUGCAAGUUUGUAUUUGGUAUGUGUUCUGUGAAACAAAUUCUGUACAAGGAUUUCUCCUGAGUGUGCAACCCCUUAUCACUUUAACCACACUUUUUCUCAUGUUAGUCACCUUCUAUUUUGUUCACUGUUCCCUGUGUUCAGUGAGAAAUUGCAAGACUUAUUAAAAGCGCCUUCGUAAGACAAGGAUAACUUAUGUGCAUCCAGUUAAGAAGUGUUCAAUGAAGGGCAUUGUCGUUACUGUUAUAAGUGAGGGCAUGGUCUCUAAAGUAAAGAUAAUUUAUAAGCGUACAACUGAGGAGUGUUCAACGCUUGUUGUUGUUGCUAUUGCCAGUGUACUGUUCUGCUUGCACAUGGCAAUGCGUUUGUCCAUGGUGUGGUGCUUAGAAAGUGCAAUGUGGGCACAAUGGCAAUUGCACUUUGUUGGCCAGUGCACCGACAAUUCAGUGUCAUGCCACAUGCAAUUUUUGUUUGUUCCCUGGCCAGUUUUGCUUUUGUCACUACUAUAAUGAUAGCCAAUCUGUAAUGCUUGUGUGCUAGGUAAUCGCACAGCUCUCAAUGCAGGAGUGAAUUUUAGACACCGAAUUUAGUGCCAAAACGUUUUUCUUUGGCCUUGAUUCUUUGAGCAGCAAUGCACAGCAAUGCAUGCAUUGGUGCAUCUUAUUUGGAUUCCAAUGUAACAUACACCUUAUGUCAAUGCCGAAAAACAAAAACCUGACUGUCGCUGACUAUACCAGUGUGCAAGCCUAAUUCGGGUUGCAGCCUACAAGUUUGUGUCUAUUGGUCAUAAACCUGUUAUAGCUAUCACCAUGAUUUUCAUUCUGUGUGUGCACUGACAGACAGGUGUUUUGGCCUAACUAUUCCAUCAUAUACAAUGCUGUGUCUGUUGUGUGUCUUUAAUGUUUGAUUAAAUGUUGUCGAUCUAACAAG